ACAUUUUCUCGGUUACAACGUUGUUGCCGGCAGGCCCGUGUGUGUAUCCACUGCUGCGCUCUGUUGCUCUGUUCAAGAAGAUUAUUUCGGAAAAGAAUAUGUCGUAUAAACAUCAUCGUCUGGGGAAGAGGCCCUGCCGAUAUGUUUUGGAGAGAAAAAAGCUCAGAGAUAAACCACGUAAAAUCCUUAAUUUGGAAGAACGGGUACAGGCGAUACGCAUGUAUGAUGAACUGCCGGUUUAUCAGCGAGUGGCAUCAGCAUUCAAAUGCAGUUGGGAGCAAAUAAAAAAUGUUGUGGCAAAUCGCAAAGAGAUCCUCAAAUAUUAUGCCAGCUGUCAAAUAAUAGAUGUCAUGAAGGAUGAUCCCAAGGUAGUCAGGCACAAAAAAAUCAAUUUCUUGGGCAAUUGCAUGUAUGAAUAUAUAAAGAGAGCCCAUUAUCAUGAAUUGGUAGAUAUAACCGACGAUGUUAUACGUGACCGUGCUAUGGAGUUUAAGGAUAUCAUAAAUAUUGAGAAAUUUUUUCCGAAUCGAGCCUGGAUUCGAGACUUUAAGUCAGUUUUUAACAUUGAUUUGGAACAUAUGAGUCAGAUAAUUGUUUCGAGAAAACCACAAAAAUCUCUUAACUGCAAGGAUAUUAUAACAUAUUGUGCCAAAGAAGUUGAUCAUGCACUGUCAUCGCAGCCGGGAAACACAAAAAACCAAAUGACACAGGAUGCGGAAAGAAAUUCAGCAGAUGACGCUGGACACCUAAGGCAUCCUAUAUUCGAUGGCGACGCUGAUGACGAUGAACAGGCUGACUACGACGAAGAAGUCAUUAAUGAAGAUGAAGAAGGUCCCACAAUUGAUUUUGGCGACUACCACGAAGAUCAAUAUGAAAACCUGCAAGAUCCAGAACCAACAGAGGAGGACGUAAAGCCUGAUGUAAGCAUUUUAGAAGAUAUACUAAGAAAAUCAAACAAUGCCAAUGCCACAGAUGUAGAUGCCGUUAAAGAGGAGCUUUCUGAAGAAACUCCCGCCUGCGAAACGUAUGACAGUAACCCAGCAACACCUGCAGUACAAACGCCGCUCGAAAAUGAGACCAGAAAACGAUCGAUAUCUCCCAUAUCGAGUUAUGAAGAGGCACUUGCUCUUAUGCGGCCCUUAGAAGAUUUUGCUAUAUGUGAAGAAGAUUUUAAAGCCAUCAAUUUGCUGACUCAGCUAGCAGAGGUAUAUGAAAAAGCUAAAAAACGUAAAAUUGAAGACUCAAAAAGACGAAAUCGUUAAAUUUUGAAUGUUUUUGAAAAAAAAUUGUGAUAAGUUUAUAGGAUACAAACACUAAUUUGUGUUUUGAAAAAUUUUUUUAAUUAUCUUGAGAUGUAGUCAAACUGUUUAUGUGAAGCAGCGUUAAAACUCCCAAAGGAUUUGAUGGAUAUUUCAUGGAAUUCUCUUGAAAGAUUUCAAGUCAUUUAAAUAAAAUUAUUUUACGUAUCUAUAAUUUUAACUUGUACCCUACAGAGAAGAAUUUACGGGACUACCUUUAUGGCUAAGACUCGAACAUGUGCAACAAAUAAAUCCUUACAUAUAGUUUAA